AUCCGUUAUUUUCAGUAACGUGACGCCAUCUUCAAGUACAGGUACGAGUACUUCAAGAAUUAGAUAGGUACUUUGCUACUUAUCUACUCUUUGCAGUUAGUCAUUUUGGUAUCGUAUUACUUUAAAGUUCUUUGAGAAUCUUAUUUUUUGACAACUUUUUAAAAUGCCAGUAAAAUUGUACUGCACCAUUAUUAGUCCACCAGUCAGAGCUGUAAUCCACACAUUACAAGCUUUGGAUGUACAGUAUGAAUUGGUGAAUGUAAAUUUUCUGCAAGGAGAAUGUCUCACAGAGGAGUUUCUUAAGCUUAAUCCUCAACAUACAGUCCCCACAAUACAAGAUGAAGAUGGAUUCGUGAUAUGGGAAAGUCACGCUAUAAACGCUUAUUUGGUGAAUAAGUAUGGAAAAAAUGAUGCUUUAUAUCCGAAAGAUCCGAAAGCUCGAGCAAUAGUCGAUCAAAGACUUCAUUUUGAUAACGGUGUUCUGUUCACAAAGUUCAUAACCGUCGCAAAAAAAAUUUUAAAAGAAAAGACAAUAACAAAAAUCACCGAUGAAUGGAAAACUUUCAUUGAAGAGGGAUACGAUUUUCUAGAAAAAUUUCUGGUUGGAAACCAAUAUGUUGCUGGCGAUGGCAUUACGAUUGCAGAUUUCUCAAUCCUUACAACUCUCUGCAAUUCGUCGGUGUUUGUGCCGGUGAAUAGUGGAAAAUAUCCUUUGAUAGCGGAUUAUGUGAAACGCAGCGAAGCAAAUAUACUAGGUUUCAAACAAUUGGAGAGUGAAGGAAAAGAAAAAUUCUUGGAAAUUCUAAAAUCAUUGAAUUUUGAAUUUAUGGCUGUGACGGUAUAUUAUUCACUUCAUAGUCCGCCCUGCAGAGCAGUACUUUUCACUUUGACAGCUUUGAAUAUUACUCAUGAAAAACAAUUCGUCAAUCUAAGGAAACAAGAACAAUUGGUCGAGAGUUUUAUAAAGAUUAAUCCUCAUCACACAAUACCAACGAUUAAAGAUGGAGACUUUGUAUUAUGGGAAAGUCAUGCAAUUGACACGUAUUUGGCUAAUAAAUAUGACAAAACGCAUCAAUUCUACCCAAAAGAACCAACAAAGAGAGCUAUCGUUGAUCAACAAUUGCAUUUUGAGCACAAAAAAAUAUUUUCAGUUUUCGAGGAACUGGUGAAAGAACUUAAAAAAGGUUCAAAGUCAGUAUCAAAGGGUGAAAGAGAAAUGGUUGCAUCAAUGUAUCAAUUCUUAGAAGGAUUGUUUCAAAAUAGUAAUAAAUAUAUCUCCGGAGACAGCAUUACAAUAGCAGAUUUUUCUCUGAUACCCACGGUGACAACUGUAGAUCUUUUCGUAAGAAUAGAUAAAGUGUUGUAUCCUAAAUUAUUCAGUUACAUCAAACUCUGUGAGUCCACUUUCCCCGAUUACCAAGCUAUAAACAAUGCAGGCCUUGAGGAUUUCAAACAAUGGCUUGCAAUAGAAAAUUACAAUGCUUCUGUAUUUUCUGACGAGUAAACUGUAAAUAAAAUUUUAUUCUCAGAAGGUUGGCUGAAAUUUCCCUCACUUCAAAGUUCAAUCUCUCAAGCUAAAAUACAAAAUUUGAAAAUAGUCAAGUGUUGUGUAUUGUCAUUUACUUAUGUAAUUUUUCGUUUUCUAUUUCGAAUAAAAAAUUUAUAUAAUGA